GUGUGACAUGCCUCGCGCAGUAAAUUCAGUUUAGCCAGGAGCCGAUUGCGCAUGUGCACGGUCCCUUCAAAGAUGGCAGCUCCUGUAGACUUAGAAUUGAAAAAGGCCUUUGCUGAGCUGCAGGCGAAGGUGAUGGACACACAGCAGAAAGCGAAGUUGGCAGACCUGCAGAUUGAACAGCUGAACCGCAUGAAGAAGCACGCACACCUGACCGACAGCGAGGUCACCACUCUGCCAGACGAGACCCGCAUGUACGAGGGGGUGGGAAGAAUGUUUAUCCUGCAGUCUAAAGAAGUGAUUCAUAAUCAACUCCUGGAAAAGCAGAAGGGAGCAGAUGAGAAAAUAAAGGAACUUGAGCAACGCAAGACCUACCUGGAGCGCAGUGUGAAGGAUGCCGAGGACAACAUCCGGGAGAUGCUGAUGGCGAGGAGGUCUCAGUGAUUCGGGAAGAGCAGCACAGGAACAGUCCACCACUUUUGUUUUUUUUGUUGUGUUUUUUAAAUUUUUUUAUUAAUGGCUAUUAAUUAUUUUGCACACAACACUGCAAUGUCUUGCAUAAACCAGACAGCUUAAUAAAAAAAUGUGUUCAGUUACACAAAUCUUUUCUUCUCCUGUAUUGAUGAUCAGAUCAUCGUGUGCUGAUCAAUGGGCUCAUGCUUGGAGUGUUGAAGAGUUAAAGGACUUGGCUAUCACAUUGGAAAAACAUGUGAAGAGAUGUCUACAGGAAUGGAAAUAAAACUCCUAUUGCAUACCAA